UCUCAAAAGUCUUUCAGAACCAAGCAAAAGUUGGCCAAAGCUCAAAAGCAAAACAGACCAUUGCCACAAUGGAUCAGAUUGAGAACUGAUAACACUAUCAGAUACAACGCCAAGAGAAGACACUGGAGAAGAACAAAGUUGCACAUCUAA